GUCCCAAGCAGACCGGGACCCUCGUACCCACAUUCUUCAGUACCCUUUUUUCGCUUGUUACUUUACUUGUUCCUUUCCUUUUUCACACUCUCAUCGCAAGGGUUCCCCUUCCACCUCACAUGGUUCCGAGGGAAGGGGGUUCACUCUCUUUUUGUCCAAAUUCAGGGUUUGUCUUAGUAAUUAUCCAUUUAUUCAUGUGGGUUUUCCUUUGCCUUCAAUUUUAUUGAAAAUUCGGCGUGAUCGAGGCUAAAAAUGUGUAUAUGUCACUCUGGGUACCCCUAGUGCUUCGUUUCUUUGACAAAAGGAAAACUUUUUCUUAACAAUUUCGCACCUUUUCCCAUGUUUGGGGGGUUUUUGUUAAUCUUGUGAGGGGUUUAGAGCAAUUGGGGAAGUGGGAAUGGACUGCAAGAGGUUUUAAGAAAGGGGGGGUUGACGAUGUCGUUUAGGAGUAUCAUCCUUGAAAGGAAGGGAUUUGAGGUGAAGUUUGGAUAUAGCAUGAGAUCCAGGUCACAGUCACACAGUGAUGCUAUUGCCCAGGAUAGUUUGGUGGUGCUUGAUGGAUUGAAGCAGAGUUGUUGGGCUAACAUGCCCCCUGAGCUUUUGAGGGAUGUGCUCAUGAGAAUUGAGGCCUCUGAGGAUUCCUGGCCUGCCCGGAAACAUGUCGUCGCCUGCGCCGGAGUUUGCCGCAGUUGGAGAGAAAUCAUGAAGGAAAUUGUCAAGUCCCCUCAACUAUCCGGCAAGCUGACAUUCCCAAUUUCCUUGAAGCAGCCUGGUCCAAGGGACUCUCUUCUUCAAUGCUAUAUUAAACGAAAUCGCAGUAAUCAAACAUAUUAUCUGUUUCUUGGUUUAAACCAAGCCUCAACUGAUGAAGGCAAGUUCCUUCUUUCUGCACGCAAGUGCCGACGUGCAACUCACACUGACUAUAUUAUCUCUCUAAACUGUGAUGAUGUAUCAAGAGGGAGUAGUACCUAUAUUGGAAAGUUGAGAUCAAACUUUCUUGGCACCAAAUUCACAGUGUAUGAUGCACACCCUCCAAUUUAUGGAGCCAAAGUUACAAAGUCUCGUUCCACCAGGCUAGUUAGUCUCAAGCAAGUUUCUCCAAGAGUUCCUGCUGGCAACUAUCCCAUUGCUCAUGUGUCAUAUGAUCUGAAUGUUUUGGGCUCUAGGGGCCCUAGAAUAAUGCAAUGUGUUAUGGAUGCCAUCCCUGCCUCAGCUGUUGAACCUGGAGGUGUGGCCCCAACACAGACUCAAUUUCUUCAUAGCAGAAUUGAUACUUCUCCAUCCAUCCCUUUCUUUAGAUCAAAAUCAACCCGGAUGGACAAUCUCCCAACAGUACCUUUGACUUGUCAAAAUGAGGGGACACUGGUAUUACGAAACAAGUCCCCAAGGUGGCAUGAACACCUUCAAUGCUGGUGUCUGAACUUCAAUGGGCGAGUGACAGUUGCUUCAGUUAAAAAUUUCCAGCUGGUUGCUUCUCCCAAAAAUGGAGUUUCUGAGCAGGCUCAGGAAAAUGUAAUUCUACAGUUUGGAAAAGUUGGAAAGGAUGUAUUCACCAUGGAUUAUCAGUAUCCAAUCUCUGCCUUUCAAGCAUUUGCAAUAUGCCUUAGCAGCUUUGACACCAAGAUUGCUUGUGAAUGAUUGCUGGCAUAGACAGAUGUUAACCAGUCGUGCUGCUGAUUGGAAUUGCAGAAACAGUGAUGCGGGUCAAAUACCGACUAUAGAUUUUUCUGCUUUUCUAUUUAGUACAACCAAGUUUCAGAAUCCCCCUCCCCUUCCCUUUCUUUUUAUCUAUUGUAUAUAUGGUUGUUUGUGUGCAUUAUAUUUAACCAGCGCUGAUUUGUAUGUUAUGUUUUUUGUGUGCCAGUUUGCAGACGAAAUUUCUUUCUUUUUUUUUUUUUUUGAGUUUGUAGAUGACCUUGGUUGUGAUUGGUUUGUGAGCUUUCUGGCUGUUUUUGUUUGAUGUCUUUGGCUUUUGCAAUAUACACCUGCAUUUGAAGAGACAAACACAUCCAAGGAAAUCCUAAAAUUGAGUGCAAAUUUUUGCCCUCAAGUCUUGAUUGACAUUUAA